CCAGACUCCGGUGGAAGUGACUUGGACCUGGAUCUCACUGAUAGCAAGGUCUUCCCUAGAGAUGGCUUUCCUGACUAUAAGAAGGGGGAACCCAAGCACGGGAAGAGGAAACGGGGGCGCCCCAGAAAGCUGAGCAAAGAGUACUGGGACUGCCUAGAGGGCAAGAAGAGCAAGCAUGCCUCCAGAGGUACUCAUUUGUGGGAGUUCAUCCGAGACAUCCUCAUCCACCCUGAGCUCAACGAAGGCCUCAUGAAAUGGGAGAACCGGCAUGAGGGUGUGUUCAAGUUCCUCCGCUCGGAGACCGUGGCCCAACUCUGGGGCCAAAAGAAAAAGAACAGCAACAUGACCUACGAGAAGCUGAGCCGGGCUAUGAGGUACUACUACAAACGGGAGAUUCUGGAACGGGUGGAUGGCCGGCGACUCGUCUACAAGUUCGGCAAGAACUCCAGCGGCUGGAAGGAGGAAGAGGUCUUAGAGAGUCGGAAUUAAUGGUCAGGACUGGACCCAGGACCUGGCUCAGACACAAACUUGAACUGAAGCCUUUCUGGAAGGACAGGCAGGCCGGAAGGCCCCCUCAAUGUGGAUGUGUUCCCUGUGUUGCUGUGGAGAGGAGGAACCCGGAAAGUGUGUUGUAUCCUGAAGUGCCUGUGGCCUCUCCUCUCCCACCUUUUGGAAUUACAAGCCUCAGGGUUUGAAGUGACCCGAUCGCUGACUCUACAGCCCUCAGCCCUCAGCCCGGGACUCCAGCUCCUUCCAGUCCCAGCAGAGGAGACCCACCUGCAGAUGCCUGGGCUCAACCAAGGAGGCUAGGGAGAUCGUGGGAGGAGAGUUCAGGGGCAGAAGGGACAGGGUUGUGUUCUCCAGCCUUCCUUCCUGAACUGACUUCCUCCUCUCGGCCCAGUACUCAGGCUCCACAGGUGGGGGUCCGAGCAUCCCUAAUUUAUGUGCUAUAAAUAUUCCAAGUGUACAUAGAGAGCUAUUUUUUGUAAAGCAUUCCCCUCCCUGCUCUUCUCCCACUGGGUGCUGCUGGCCAGAUUGAUUGUUCUAGGUCUCCUAACUAGACCAGCGUGAAGUGGGGUGAUGCCAGACCCCUCAAGAUGGGGUUCCUGGAUCCCUUUUCCUGUGAAUGGAGGCUUAGACCUCCAAUAAAGUGCCUUCUAGGCUUUUUCUAAAAAAAAAAAAA